GUGAGAAAUUCAUGCUUGAGCAAUUUGAAAAAUUAUUCUAUUUUUUGUUCUCGAAAGCACUUUUCCUCCUAUAAUUAGUUGCUAAAUAUUUUGACCCGUCACCGGAAGGAAGGAAUAUUGUAGAUAUUACAUUCUAUUCUAGUAGUAAAAAGUAAGAGCUACUUUAAGGAAUCAUUAAAUUUCUAGUCUUAGUGUUGGAAAUAACAAGUUCCUUAAAAAGUAAUCCUUAUAAUUAAAGAAGCACCACAAUGACCAUUGCACAAUUAACUGACGAAGAGAAGAAGGCAAUCGAUGAGCUGAGGAAAAGAGUCGGCAACGAGUUGACUUCCGAGCACUGUAAUGACACGAAUAUGUUCUAUCGCUUUUUAAAAGCUCGUGAUUUCCACAUUGAUCAUGCAGAAGAUAUGUUAAGAAAACAUAUCCAAUGGCGGAAAGAAUAUUCAGUGGAUACAAUUUUGCAUGAUUAUAUACCACAUGAAGCUUUAUCAAAAUAUUUUCCAGGAAAUUUAAUAGGCUUCGACAAAGAGAAUUGUCCUGUUAAAUAUUUCGCUUUUGGUAACAUGGAUGCAAAAGGUGUACGCAGAUCUGCAAAUUUUCCAGAGAUCAUGAAGUAUGUUAUUUAUAUUCAAGAAAAAGAAAUGGAAGUUCUGAAGCAGCAAAGCAGGAAACUUGGUCGGGAACUUCCUGGAAGUGUGUAUAUAUUGGAUUUCAAAAACAUGACCUUAUCUGAUGCAACCGAUAUGAAAACAAUGGAACAUGCAAGUAUACUUUCAAGAAUGUAUCAAGAUAACUAUCCUGAAAGAUUAAAGGCAGUUUACAUAAUUAAUGUUUCUCCUUAUUUUUAUAUAGCCUACAAUAUAAUAAAAGUCUUUAUUGUUGCAAGUAUACUGCGGAAAGUUCAUAUCUGCAAAAAAGAUUUUCAAGAUAAGCUGCUAAAAAUAAUAGACGGAGAACAAUUACCAGCAUUUUUAGGAGGAAACAGAACAGAUCCUGAUGGAAAUCCUCUUUGUAAAUCAUUUGUAAACCAUGCUGGAAUAAUACCAGCUAAAUACUUCAAAAACAAAUGUAGUAAAGACUUUAAAAACAAGGUCAACGUGCACAAACUCAAUGUAGCAAGGAUGUCCACAGAAGAAGUACAAAUGCCCAUUAACGAAGCUGGUUUGGUGAUAGAAUGGGAAUUUGAAAUUCAGUAUCGAGAUAUAGAAUUUGGAUUGUAUUUUCAAGAUCGGGCUGGUAACAGAUUUCCCAUAAUACCUGUGAAAAAAGUAGAUGAAGAAGAAUUUACAGAAACAGGAACUUAUAGAGCAGACAAAGCUGGCACUUAUAUCUUUGUCUUCAACAACUCUUACAGCUGGAUGAGAUCAAAAGACAUAAUAUAUCGAAUUGUUGUGAGAAAUCUUGAAGACAAUCUAUCUGACUGACUGUUUUCAGCAGAAUAUUUUUAUCAUCUUCUAACUGUAUUUAUUCAUUUAUAUAUAUAUAAGUCAAACAUUUUCAAAAAAUUUUACAUUACAAAAGUUACAUUACAUUUGAAAAUAUUUGUGAAUUUUUUACUUUCUUAUCAUACUUUUAUUUUUGGUACUGCAUGAAUUAUUUUAUAAAUCUAGUAUAUGUCUAAAACGACACAAAAUAUGUUUUAAGUAUUUGAUUUGUAUCUGAGAUUCUUUUUUCUUAAAAGAAUAUUUAUUGAUGUAUAGUUCAUUUGUUAAGGCAUGAAGUGAAUAUGAUUAUAAGUUGUUUCUUAAAUGCUCAAAGAAAUUGUAAAUCCCUAAUCUAAGUACAAUUUUAUUAAUGUAAUUUGAAACGAACUUCUUGGCAUUUUA